GCAGGUCAGACCGCGCUCCUGAUUGACCAGCGGAAAGUCAUCACUGGCGAGGUGGCCAACCUGACUACGAAGGUCGUGAAUCUGGACAGCCAGAAGGCACAGCUCAACUCGGAGAUCGCGCAGCUCAACUCUGAGAAUGCCGGUCUCGGUGCCAAGGUCGAGAGUCUGGAGGGCGACAAGGCUUCCCUCGAAGGCAAGAUCAGCGUCCAGAAGGCGACCGCCAGCAGUCUCGAGAAGUCCAAGGCGGGCAUCGAGGACGAGAUCGCGCUGCUCAUGGAGCAGCGCAAGCUCAUCGCAAAGGAG